AUGGCAGUGACGAAGCUCCUGCUCUCUCAAUCCCGCCGCCAUUUCACCGCCAGAGUUCCCUCUCAGUUUCUGCUAUCUCAGAGAUGGUUCUCCUCCGACUCGGAUCCCAAUCCAGCUCCACCUCCACCUCCAAAUCCGCGAGUUUCACCAGUGCUCGUCCAGCCAGUCUCCUACGCGCCGAAGCCGAAGCAACCGGAGCCGGAGCCCAAUUCCGAAGCCGCAUCCUCGCAACAGAGUAGUGCUCAGUCAUCACAGCAGCAGUUCACGAGACGGCCGCGGGAGUUCCCGGCGAGCCCAGAAGCUCGGACGAAUUGGACGCGGGAGGAAGCCCGAUACGUGAAGGACUCGCCUAACGUCGUGCCUGUUUCAUACGCUCCUCGGGUUGCUCCAUUGCCGGAGGACAAGCUCGGAACUCAAGGAGGAGAAAAUGGUGGUGGUGGCGUGGAGGGGAGUGCUAAGGACGGAGAGGACAUGCAAUCGGAGACUCGCCGGAUUUUAUCGGAGAAUAGGGCGAUGAGGCGUAUAAGGCAGAUGGUGCCGGAGAAAGAGCUGGAGGUUGUUCCUUUCCCUAGAUUGAUCGUGCCGGUGAAGAGGACGGAGAAGAGGCCGCUUCUGGAAUUGAUGGAUGCCAUUCGUCAAGUAAAGGCUAAUGCCAGGACGACAUUUGAUGAAACUAUUGAAGCGCAUGCGAGAUUGGGCAUUGACAAAUCUCGAUCAGACCUGAUUGUUCGAGGCACCUUAACCUUGCCACAUGGGGGAGAGAAGGUUCUGAAAGUAGCAUUCUUUGCUGAAGGGGCAGAAGCAGAAGAAGCAAGAGCAGCUGGUGCCGACAUUGUUGGAGGAGUCGAACUUAUUGAAGAAAUUUUGAGUGCUGGCAAGGUUGACUUUGACAAAUGCUAUACAACUCGUCAGUUGUAUCCCCGGGUUGCCAAGAUAGCAAGGAUCCUUAAUCGUCAUGGCUUGAUGCCCGAUGCAAAACAAGGGACCGUUGUCAGCGAUGUAACAAGAGCAGUUAAAGCAGCAAAGCAGAAUCAGAUAAAGUUUAGAAUGGACAAGUCAUCCAUUGUUCAUGUUGGACUUGGAAAGGCGAGUUUCAGCGAAGAGUCUUUACGUGAGAAUAUUGGUGCUUUUAUGAAUGCACUUCUACAAUCAAAGCCUGCUGGUUUGAAGAAAACUUCUAAAUAUGCUGGAUACGUGAAUUCCUUCCAUAUAUGCAGCACGAUGGGAGAAGGAUUUCCCAUUUCAAUACAGUCUUUGUCCAAAGCCGUAGACCAUUACAACAAAGUUCAGCUCAAGUCAUAA